AUGAGGAAGGAGGUCCUCACCCUGGCCUUCGCCCGCGCCGUCUUCGUGGAGUUCCUCUCCACGCUCAUCUUCGUCUUCAUCGGGCUGGGCUCGGCGCUCAAGUGGCCCUCGGCGCUGCCCUCCAUCCUGCAGAUCGCGCUGGCCUUCGGCCUCGCCAUCGGCUCCCUGGUGCAGGCCUUCGGCCACAUCAGCGGGGCCCACAUCAACCCGGCCGUCACCAUCGCCUUCCUUGUGGGCAACCAGAUCUCCUUCCCCCGCGCCCUCCUCUACGUGCUGGCCCAGCUGGCCGGGGCCAUCGCCGGCGCCGGGAUCCUCUACGGCGUCACCCCGGCCAACACCCGCGGCAACCUGGCCGUCAACGCCGUGAGUGCCCGCCCGUGCUCCUCGGCCUCCUCCUCCGCCCUCCCUCCUCCUCCUCCUCCUCCUCCUGAGCCCUCGGUGUUCUGGGUGGGCCCGAUCCUGGGGGCCUGCCUGGCGUCCCUGCUGUAUUUCUACGUGCUGGUCCCGUACUGCAUGGCCCUGUCCGACCGCCUGGCCAUCCUCCGGGGCACCUACGAGCCCGAGGACGACUGGGAGGAGCAGCGCGAGGAGCGCAAGAAAUCCAUGGAGCUCACCCCGCCUUAG